UUCUUGAUUGGUCCUUUAUCAAAGACUAAUUUAUUUGAAUUUGCUACAAGCAGAUAAGGUUUACGUCCAGUUCCAUGAUGAUUGUUGGGGAGUUCCUGUUUAUGACGAUCAUCAAUUAUUCGAGCUUCUUGCGUUAUGUGGAAUGCUUAUGGAUUUCAAUUGGACUGAAAUUUUGAAGAGAAGGGAACAAAUAAGAGAAGCUUUUGCUGGAUUUAAUGCAAACCAUGUGGCCAAAAUGGGAGAGCGAGAAAUUGAAGAAUUAUUCUCAAAUACAGAACUCAAUUUAGCAGAAAGUAGAGUUAGAUGCAUAGUUGACAAUGCCAAAUGCAUAGUCAAGAUUGUGAGAGAAUUUGGAUCAUUUAGCAGCUACAUGUGGAACUAUGUGAAUUACAAACCAAUAAUUAACAGAUUCAGAUAUCCAAGAAAUGUUCCAUUAAGAACUCCAAAAGCAGAGACAAUUAGCAAAGAUUUGCUUAAGAGAGGAUUUCGAUUUGUUGGGCCAGUGAUUGUGUAUUCAUUUAUGCAAGCUUCAGGAAUGACAAUUGAUCAUUUAGUUGAUUGUUUUAGGCACAAGGAUUGCGUAAAUCUUGCAGAAAGACCUUGGAGGCAUGUAUGAAGACCUAUAUGUUGCUCGAACUCUCGAAAAAUAUCGUCGGACGCAUGUCAGAUCCUUUAAAAGUAGUGCAUGUUGGAAGAUCCGCCACGGGUACGACAGAAUUUUGGAGAGUCCAUGCAACAGAUGAUGACUUAAUUUUAUGUAUGUUUAUUGUUAAUUUUAUAAAUCAUUUUUCUCUUUUUCUUUCUUUAUUUAAGCAUUUUUCCCACUUGUUUUGCUUGUAUGUAUCAAUUAUGAAUUGAGUGUUAUAUUUAUUUCCCUGUUUA